GGUACAUUCUUGUUGUAAAAAUACUCAAAUAGCCUUAAACCGAAAGACCCCUUUGUCUUAGCUGACCUACCAGAGAGGACAGGGACAGUCUGAGGGGCGUCCACACAUGCUUUCCCAGUUCCAUUUUCAUAUAGAUACAUUUGCACAUAUGUAUGUUGUCAUUUGGUUGCAAUGAUUUUACAAAAAUAGGUUCUUAUGAAGUAGAUCAUCUUGUGAAUUGUUUUUCUCACUUAUUUUCCUCACAUUUCCAUGUGAGUGUUGCCAUAAAAUGUUGAUAUUCUUUGUCAGUGUAUACUAUUAAUAAGCAGAGGGAUUUGUGGACAUUAUUGAAAGUCCCAGUGCCUAUCACCAACACAGUGCCUACAAGGAUUUAGACAGAGCCCAGCAUGUACUUAAUUAAGUAUUCGCUAUCAGCGUAGGCAUUUCAGCGUGGUGCCCAAGGCCUGCAGAGGUUUCGGUUUGGGGAGUUUCAGAAUUUUUCAGGUAACUCCCCUAACCCUGUCUGCUAAGAGCCCAAUGCUACUAAGUCUCUCUGACCCAGCCAUCUUCCCUAAAACCGAUGUGAAGGAAAUGUCUUACAAUCACGUGACAAUGCAGCAAGGCACACUGGUUACCAGUGAAAGUGUGGAUCCAAAAGCAAAUCUGUGAUUUUGUUCGUGUUUCCAAGUAGAUGACACCAUUGUUUUCAUUUUGGGGUGGGGUUAACUCACCACAAUAGCACAAUUUCUCAGGGAAACACUGUGCUGUGCACAAGUAGUACCCUCUGAUGGUACGAGCAGGAGCCCAUCUCACAUCCAGUUUUCUGACAUUUCUGUCAUACGUAAGUGCAGAACCCCAAGUGUCAGUGGACAUGCUAUUAACAUCUGAAAGAUAUAUAUCAGGCCCUAGCCAGGUAGCUCAGCUGGUAAGAGCAUUGUUAGAUAGGCCAAGAUUUUGGGUUCAAUUCCCAGUCAGGGCACAUAGAAGAAGCAACCAAUGAAUGCAUAAAUAAGUGGAACAAUAAAUCAAUGUUUCUCUCUAUCUCAAAUCAAUAAGAAAAGAUGUAUAUCAAUUAUAUUGGGGAAGAGUGUGGGUCUAGUUCAUUUUUAUUAAAGGUGGCCCCUUGUUUUCUUAAAUAAGAUGUUCACUUGCUAGUAAUGGGUUGCUCAAUGAAUAUUUGAAACAAUGUUCAUUGAGUGGCAAGAAAAGGUAGUAGGAGCGGGCAGACCAGGCUUUCAUGUCCACGUCUGCCCCAUAGUAUGUCUUCUAUGGGCCCCAUCCACUGGGCCUCCUUUUGGUCCUUGGUUCAGUCACUAUAAGUUUAACAGCUGCCCCAAGUAGUUUCAAGUCCCUUUGUGUAUAAACAUUCUCAAAAUCUGCAUGACUUUUCAGGCCUAGGGUCUGACCUAUAACAAACUCUGUGCCAAAUCUUUUAAAGACAAAUACUUUUUGUCUAGCAGAGAACAAAUACUAUUCCAGCCCACUGAUAUCUCCUUGUAAUCUGUUUAAGUGAUUAAGUGGAUAAAUUCAUCAGGAGGACUGUGAUUCAACUGGAGAAGUUUGAUUUCAAAGAUACUUCCCAAUGAUUCUAUGCAAGGGCGUGUUGAAGAGAUAAAGAAUGGAAUUCUGGGAGAUAGUUGUCUUUACCCAUAAAACCUUUGGGGGAAGGUCAGCAACAACCACCAGAGAAGCUGGAAGCCUCCUUCUUGACUCACCGGCUGACAUCAUGCAUUCUUGGGUAGCCUUCACAGGCCUCGUACUACUUUGGACAGACACUGCGGUUUCGCAGCCACGUGUGGACGGAGUGGUGGGUCAGGCAGUCACGCUCCCCUGCACCUACUCCACAGCUCGCGGGACCACCUCCACGUGCUGGGGCCGAGGGGCGUGUGCUCCUUCUCAGUGCCCCAAUCAGCUCAUCUUGACAGAUGGCCACCACAUCACCUUUCAGAAGAGCAGGCGUUACAACCUCAAGGGAGCGAUUUCACAAGGCAACGUGUCUUUAACCAUUGAGGACGCAGCCCAGUCUGACAGUGGCACGUAUUGUUGCCGGGUUGAGCACUGGGGGUGGUUUACUUAUUUGAAAGUCAACAUAUUAUUGGAUGUAAAACCAGCUCCACCUAUGGCCACCAGUGCUCCAACAUCACCUAAAGUCUCCACCUCUGCUCCUACAACUGCAGCACCCACAGUGAACCUCGUGACAGCUCCACCUAAGGUCACCAGUGUUCCAGCCUCACCUGGGGUCUCCACCUCUGCUCCUACAACGCCGUCAUCCACACUGAACCUCAAGACAGAAGCCACAUCAUCUUCUCCAAUGCAGACAACAGACACCCAGCCUAUCACAACACAGGAAACAAAUACGACCAGCUCACCAUCGGACCCUUGUUCAACAGAUGGGAACACCACUGUGAUGCUGCCUUCAGAGGGUGGUUGGCAAGACUGUGGAAAUCACGUGAAUGUGGAACAAAACCCAUGGAAGGGCACCAAUAAGGCUCUCUACAUUGGACUCGCUGCCGCCGCACUGAUACUGCUCAGUGUUUUGGCAGCUGUAAUUGCCAAAAGGUAUUUAUGUGUGUACGGAAAGGUGUUGCAUAUAAGCAAACUGUCAUCAAAUGACAUUAAGGAUGGAACUUCACCAAAUGAAACUGCAGUGCACUACCGAGCAGAGGAGAAUGUCCACUUUGAGAACAAUCUUCACGUGUGAAUUAAGACCCAGAGACCAUCCAAGGCUUUAUGUCCUUGAUCACAGAAGACAAGGACCAGAUCUCACCAUGCCAGAAUCCUAUUAAGAUCCAGAAUGACUUUAUCAGUUUCCCACCAUAUUCUAACCUGUCAGUGAUAUUGGUUCGAGUGUGUCUAGGUCAUCUGUGUGUAGUCGACCUUAGUGGUGAUGGGUCCUACUUUUUUAUGAGAAACUGGCUCAGUCUUUCUGAUCAUAGCCGAGCCCUCUCCCAGGUAUGAAAUGAACACUGUAGACCUUAUGAAGCCUGUGUCCUGUGAGAAUCCUCACUGGGGAGACAGGGAAAGAGCUGCCUCCUUGGUCACAUAGGACUUGGUACUUAAGUGACGCACUUGGAAGCAUCCAUGAUGAUCUCUUCUCUUUUAUCUUCUUAACUCCAAAUGUUGCAUUUCUUAAGUCACCCAAGGGCUACAAAUCAUGGA